AUGCAUACCGCAAAGUAUAUAGUAACGAGUGUAUCUGCCAUACAUAUGGUAGAAGAUUUGAAACAAUUAAGUACUGGCAAGAUAGUUACAGUUGAUCGAAAUUUGUCUGCCAUUAAAGUUCCGAAAUCGGAAAGGGCUCAACCGAAUGCUCGCGACCAGUAUGGAAUUGCAAAAGCUGCUGCAGGUCUGGCUGCUGAAAAAAAUGCCCAUGACGUCGAGCAAAGCUUGCGUGACACCCAAGUAUUAAAUCAUUGUUUUGAAGACAUCGAACGGUUUAUUGCACGUCUAAAAUAUGCUGCAGAGGCAAUGCGAGAAUUAGAAUUGCGACAUAAUGAGCACAAUCCCCAUGGAGAAGGCCUAUUGAUAUUACGUUCGCGACCACCAAUUGAAAGCGAGUUUUUUGAUAUUCUUGCCAAACUGAAAUUGGCUAUGAAUUUGGUAGUAAAACUAAAUAAUAAUUUUUCUAAUGAAAUGGAUCCUAUCUCUGACCUUUUUACCUCGUUGCACACUAUUGUGAAUGUUUGCAACGAUAUAUAUGCUAGGUCAAGCAUACCAGAAAAUGUUGUUAACCCACUUCUACGUCGUGAAACCAUUAAUUUUUUAUCUAAUUCUUUAAAUGCUAUGAAUACUGAUUUCUGGAUAUCCCUUGGGAAAAAUUGGACUUGGGCAAAGGAGCAUUUUAAAGAUCACAUAGGAUCAUAUCAUCCGAUUUUCUAUGAUGACUGGUCACCAGAUUGGGUGGUUGAUGAAGAGGUUCCUUACAUACCACCUCCCAAACCGUAUUCACCCAUGACGCCACGGAUUGUAGCAAGUGAUGCCGUUUGGUUGUCUCGUUUACAAUCAAGAAAUGUCAAAAUAGCCAAAGUUGUUUAUAACAAAAAAGAUAGUAAUGACAGAGAACUCAAUAUCACGAAAGGAGAAUACCUUGAGGUGAUCGACGAUUCGCGCAAUUGGUGGAAGGCUAGGAAUUGUGUGGGCAAUGUUGGCUACGUUCCACAUACAGUUCUUAAGGCUCAUAACUUUGAUGCGCAUUCCAACAAUUCUACGGGGGAUACCGAUUCCGUUAAGUCGUAUAAUUUGGAGAAUGAUUCCCAUUAA